AUGUCAUCUUGCGUAUUUAUACUUGAUGAGCAACUCAACCCACUCAUACUCCGAAACCUCAAGUCAAUAGCUCACCCAGAGUGGUAUGCUUUGUAUUUCAAGAGGGUGCAUCCACAAUCACGAGGCCCUGUGAUAUACUCAAAAGGUAUUAUAUACAUUUACAUCCUCCGGGAUGGAUUAUACUUUGUGUCCGUGAGCAAUGGGGGUCUAAGGUUCAACUUGAUGGGAAUAUUGGCGUACCUGAACGACUUCCACGCCCUCCUGGUGAAAUACCUGAAGGUCAAUAAAGUUGACCGCACAGGAAUCAUAGACAACUUCAACUUGAUUUAUGAACUUUUUGAUGAAAGUCUCGAUUAUGGUAUACCGCAGCUGACUGACUACAACAUAAUACGUGACUCCAUCAAGAUUGAGGCCAACGUUCCUAAAGUGCCCUCAAAUUCGCAGGCAGACAGUGACGAGGAAAGUGGCCCCGAGAUACUCCAAUCGAAGGAAAACAAAGACAAAGCCGAUAUACACGGGUUCCGAGAUGAUGAGCAGUAUAUCAAUAGCUUUGUUCUUCGCACAACUACACAAGCCAUCUCGUGGAGACCCAAAGGGAUAUACUACACCAAAAAUGAACUAUUUGUUGACAUUAUUGAGCGUCAGUCAUACCUAAUGGAUUUCAAAAACUCGCAGGUUCGUCAAACUUUUGUUUAUGGAAAAAUAAACUGUCGAUCUUACCUUUCCGGCAUGCCAAUAGUUCGUGUUUGCAUCAACAAGAUGCUUAAGGAUAAAGACCUCUUUUUAGGAUCUUCGAAAUUUCACCAAUGCGUAUCAUUGGAAUCUCUUAGUUCACAAGAUUAUAUCGAAUUCAUUCCUCCAGAUGGUGACUUUCAACUGUGCGAGUACAAACUCAAGCGCCAUAUAAACGACUCUCCCAUUAUAAAAUUGAUAGACUACAAGAUUAAUGAACGCCAAAAAAAGCAUAGGCUGCAUCUUUCGGUAACGAUUCAACCACAUUUCAAGGCGCAAAACUCGGCGACUGCUUUGAAAAUUCACAUUCCCACACGAGACCUUUUCCAAAAUUAUAAAAUUGAUUUGACGAAGGCUCCAAGGUUCAAAUGCGAUCAUGGCUCAGUAUUCUUCAAUCUGUCCGAUGAGUUGCUUUUAUGGGAUGCUCAAGGCAUCAAGGGAGGACACGGAGAAACCAGUUAUUCAAUGCAUGUCGAGUUUGCCUUGUUUGACGAGGAAGAACAUGCAAGAAAGCUCGAACAAAUCAAGAAGUCGAUGGACCCCCCGCCUUUACGAGAAGGCGCCCAUUUAGAAGAACUUUAUGCCCAAGUUAAAAGUAACAAAGAAGGGAAGGGGCAAUUUCAAUCAAACGCGAUCACCGCUGAAUUUGAGGUACCCUAUUACACAUCCAGCGGCCUUCGAGUCGAGUACCUCAAAAUUUCAGAAGAGAAUCUGAAAUACCAAUCAUUCUCGUGGGUAAGGUACAAAACAAUAAACGAUACAGAGUAUGCUUACCAGGUCUGA